AACAAGUAUCAAAUGAUUAAAUAAAAAUAUACAAACUUAAAUUUAUUUAUUAUGUAUUUAUCUUACUUAUUAAUUAAUCCGAUUACAAAUGUCUGUAGCCAGAAAAAAAACACGCAGCGCUGAGGCUUUUAAAACUCAUGUUGUUAAAUAAAACGUACAAUAAGCAUUAGAAUCAUUUAUAUACCUUCCUUCAAUCAUUUGAUACUUCUUUCAAAUAUCGAUUUAUAUUCAAAUUAUACAUUGCAUUAAUGAUUUGAUCAGACAGAUCUGGCGCUAGGAUAAUAACUCCAAUAAAUCCACACUUGUCGUUCAUCAAAUGAGUUGCUGCUUUUAUUUUAGAAUGACAGCACCUUCAGUUUACGAUCGGACUUUAUUUGCGCCCUAUAGAGAGCAAAAACAGGUGCUAAAACAUCCAUUAUGUCGUAUCAGCGGCUUAUGUUUGCUUUGUAUCUCUGCCAUUCCGUCGUAUUCUGUGUAUCUACACAAUUUCACGGAUCUAACGAGGAUAACGGAUUUCAUUUAUUACCUGCUUAUGCUGUCGCCUCGAGAGCCAAUCUUCUCAAUUCGACAACAUGUGGAAUACAAUUACAUAAUUUUCGAGACGCUGUCGAUCAACGAAUAUUGUGGGGCUUGAAAAUAUUAGAUUCUAGCGGCAAUCCUAAACCAGGUUUCUUGUAUGGAAACAAUUUUUGGCUGGGGAGUCGUAGCCAGUGCCUUGAUACAACAAAUCGGAUUCCUUUUCCCAUUGCAGAAAAGCAAAUAUUAAAUAACACACGUUAUCGCAAUCCACAGAAUGAGUUUGCGCCUUUUAAAGUGAAUUAUAUCGUUGCACAUUUAAGGCAUAAUAGUACUCUUCAGUACCACAUAGGUACCAUGAACUUGAGUUAUAUACAAUCCGAGGAUGUAAUUACGCUUGGCCUCUGUUUGCCCGCGUCUUGUUCCAAGAAUGAUAUAAGCUUCAUUCUGGACAGAAUAUUUCGUGACAGAGCUCUUUUAAUUAAUGAUCUGUAUUCCGCGGACCUCAGCCUAAUCCAGGUAAAAAUUUUAAAGGACGAUCAUCAAUGGCUAUUAAGUGGUGCGGUACCCGUUAUAUGUAUUGUUUUAGCACUCAUUUUUUUGAUGAUAAGCAGCACAAUAUACGAUAUAUUCAUAUAUCAAAAAUAUUUACUAAAGAAUAAAACUCCCAUUAGUGUGGUUGAGGAAAUAGAAAUGCAAAAGAAGAUAGAUUCAUCAACACCACGUGAGAAAAGUAGAAUUAAGGAAGUAUUAAUCUGUUUUUCCAUUUAUACUAAUACAAAAAGUAUAUUUAACACAAAAGUAAGUCCCAAUGAGAUACCUGUUAUACACGGCUUAAGAUUUCUGACCAUGUUUUGGAUAAUUUUGUGCCACUCCUUACUUUUUAUGGUAGAUUUUAUCGAUAAUAAAGUAUGGUUUUUGAGAAUAUCGGAAAGUUUCUUCAUUCAAGUGCUAAGCAACGGAUACCUGUCAGUAGAUACUUUCUUCUUUUUAAGUGGAUUUUUAUUGGCAUACACAUAUUUAAAAAAUAAAACAAAGGAAAAACAGAAUAUAUCAUUUAAUUAUGGGGCAAAGCUGAAGGAAUUUUCUGUCAACGUAAUAAGAAGAUUUAUCCGAUUGACACCGCCUUACAUGGUGAUGUUAGGAAUAGUGCAAUUAAACUCGACUUGGUACGACAAGACCUCGCAAUUCUACGUAGGUCAAGAAAAAUCGCACGAAACUUGCGCGAAAUAUUGGUGGAGGAAUUUCUUAUACAUCAAUAAUCUGUUCGAUUACAAUACAAUGUGCAUGUCCUGGAGUUGGUAUCUAGCUAGUGAUAUGCAAUUCUUUAUAAUCGGUCAGGCGCUCUUGAUUUUGUCGUCUAUAUAUUUUUACACAGCUGUUGCCGUACUAAGUAUGCUUCUAAUAGGCUCAAUACUACUAAGCGGUUAUAUUUCGUAUAGUAAUGAAUAUGUUCCGACCAUUGAUGAAUAUGAUAGACUUUCAAAUAGCUUAUACUUUCCACCGUGGGUUCGAAUUGGUCCAUAUAUUAUUGGAAUGAUUACAGGAUAUAUUAUAGUGAGACUAAACAAAAAGUUAAAUUUAAAACAGAAUACUGUAAUUUUAUUUUGGAUUUUUGGAGCUGCUUGCAAUAUUUCCAUUUUAUUCGGCUUGUACAACCGAAAUAUAUCUAUUUUGUCUACUGCCAUCUACGUUGCAUUGAGCAGAACAGUGUGGGCCAUAGGUAUAGCAUGGCUUGUAAUUGUCUGCUUUACUAAGCACGGAAGCAUCGUUAAGAAACUGUUGUCAUUUAAAAUCUGGAUUCCUGUUAGCAGAUUAACAUACUGUGCUUAUCUUCUGAAUCCUUUUAUCAUAAAUUCAAUUAAUCUGAACAGUGAAACAUCUGCUCAUGUAGAGAUUCUGUCCAUGUUCACCACAUCUAUAGGAUAUAUUGGAAUUAUUUAUUUCUGUGCAUACGGAUUGUCCUUAAUGGCAGAAUUGCCGUUUACCACAUUAAUGCAAACAUUCAUCCGGUCUCAGAGGAAAAAUGUAAAAAUCGUAAGAUUAUCAUUUUGCAAACGUGAAUGCGAAAUGCAAUAAUAUAUGUAUAUACAUUCCCAGAUAGCACAUGGACAUCCAUUGGACAUCAAUCAAACAUCCGUCUGUAGACAUUGGGACGUCCAAUGGAUACUUAAUUAGGGUCUAAUGGAUGGACGUCUGAUGGGCGUCCAUUCGAGGUACGUUUGCAAAUCUGCCGGACGUCCAUUGGACAUCCAAGACAAGUCAUAUUUUUACAAUGAAACACAUAAUAACAGAAUAACAUGCACGACAACAUCUCAUCGGUCACGUUUCAUGUAUAACAGUUCUAAUUUUGCCCGCGGAAUAUCGCUACUGUCAACUCGGAGUUCUCGGCUGAGAAAUCAAGAGUCUUAAUAGACGCCCAAAAUCGGACAUAGGAUGGAUGUCCAUUUCAUGUCCAUGGACGUGUGGAUCUAAAACGGAUGUCCAUAGGAUAUCCUGUGCUAACUGGGUUGUUACGUCUGGCGCAUAAAAAUUUCUUUCUUUUUUCGAACUAUCCGUAUACAUAAAAUAUUAACUUUUAAACCGUAAAACAAUUGCUUGUACAUCCUGUUUGCAGCCAAAGGCUAAUGUGGUAGCAUUGCGGAGGUGUAUCUCAAAACAAGGAAAACGUCCCGCUGAUGAACCAAGAGGGACAGCACCAGGUUUGAAUGACACGGACGAUGAGCGGAAGCGAGUAUCGACAGGGAGAG